GUGUCCCCAGCAAAGCCCAGGCUCCAGUUGCAGCAUCUGUGAACCCAGCCUUAGGUCACUCCAGUAUGUCGGACACGGAAGAGCAAGACUAUGAAGAGGAACAGGCAGAAGAGGAGGCUGCGGAAGAGGAAGAAGAAGCCCCCGAGGAGCCGGAGCCGGUGGCAGAGCGAGAAGAGGAGCGCCCCAAACCAAGCCGUCCUGUGGUGCCUCCUUUGAUCCCCCCCAAGAUCCCAGAAGGGGAGCGUGUGGACUUUGAUGACAUCCACCGGAAGCGCAUGGAGAAAGACCUGCUUGAGCUGCAGACCCUCAUCGACGUUCACUUUGAGCAACGCAAGCGAGAGGAGGAGGAGCUCAUCGCGCUGAAAGACCGCAUUGAGCGGCGACGCGCGGAGAGAGCCGAGCAGCAGCGCUUCCGCACUGAGAAGGAGCGAGAGCGCCAGGCCAAACUGGCGGAGGAGAAGAUGCGGAAGGAGGAGGAGGAGGCGAAAAAGCGAGCAGAGGAUGAUGCCAAAAAAAAGAAGGUUCUUUCCAACAUGGGGGCCCAUUUCGGAGGCUACCUGGUCAAGGCAGAACAAAAGCGUGGGAAGCGGCAAACAGGACGGGAGACGAAGCUUCGGAUCUUGUCCGAGAGGAAAAAGCCCUUGAACAUUGACUAUCUGGGGGAGGACCAGCUCCGGGAGAAAGCCCAGGAGCUGUCCGAUUGGAUCCACCAGCUGGAGUCCGAGAAGUUUGACCUGAUGGAAAAGUUGAAGCAGCAGAAAUACGAGAUCAACGUGCUCUACAACCGCAUCAGCCACGCCCAGAAGUUCCGCAAGGGGGCGGGGAAGGGCCGCGUUGGAGGCCGCUGGAAGUGAAGAUGCGGGAUGUGACCCACCCACGGUACCCUGGGAGUCAUGACAACGUGUCCCAUCUGUAGCUCGGAAUAAAGGCUUUCUCCAAGCA